CGUGAUUCUAAAAGUCACGUGACCCCUAAGACACGAGUAUAUAUUCUGACGUGCGUCCGCUGUCAAAAUACAAAGAACAAAUACCACACCGGGUACCCAGAGCUAAAACCAAGUGUGAAUAAUUAUGGAAUUUCUAUCAGCGAUAUUCGCUAUUACGGUUGUGGUCGGGUUGGCCUCUGUGAGCGCCUACCCAGAAGGCCCCCCACUUUCCUGCUGCUCACACAUGUUCCCCGUGGGUCACGAAGUCAACGCCCAGACGUCCACUCCGACAGUGACGAUAAAAAUGAAAAAUUCAGGAGGAUCGGAUACAACAUCUUACACAGCGGGCGAACAAAUAACAGUAACCGUAGAAACAGCUAACCCAAGCGACACGACCAUUUAUUACGAGGGUUUGUUUGUGCAGGCAAGACGAGCCAACUGCAUGUCACACCAGAAGAUGCAACCAGUUGGAACGUUUAGCUUUGAGGCCAAUAAUACGUAUCUGAAGACGCUGGAUUGCGGAAGUGUUUCCAAGAGUGCAGUCAGCCAGAAAGUGUCCGUUCACCAGACAAGCCAGACAUUCACUUGGACCGCGCCAGCUACAACUGUGGGCCACGUGUAUUUCCAGGCAACUGUUGUGAAAAACGUCUCAAGAUUUUGGACUGGUGUACAGUCAGGCUUUCUGUACGAUGCCGCGGAUACCGGUAACGCCACAUACUGCAUGGUCCGCAAAACAACGGGUGGUGUGGGGACCAUACAGGCUCACGGCGUCCUGCCCCUUCUCGGAUUCAUCGUCUUCGUGGCCAACGUCAUCGGUGUUUAGACUGUUUUACUUUAUUAAUCAUUCAGUGUGCAUGAACACAUUUAUCAGUCAACUCAUACUGUCAUAUCAACAUUUCGGUGCCAUUCGAAACUCUUCAGCCGAUUCCGUGAAUUAAACGGAAGAAUCCGUAAUCGGCCGAGGUCUUCCGAAUGAUUUCAGUGCUAAAGAGUUCCUUCAAUCAGGGCUGGAUCAGAGUAAAACAGCAACAAUUGUAAGGUAUUCCUGAAUUGAUCACAUGGUGGGUGAGGGGAGGGGGAUGUAGAUGCAUUUUUAAAUAUACCCAUCAUCCACAAAAUAAGAUUUAAUUUGAACAAUAUAUAUGUAUGCAAAUAAAAACAAUGUGGCAAAUUUGUAAGAUAUAAAAUAAUAAUUACGAUGCCUCUCCCCAUGUGAUUAGUUCCGGACCUUUCCUUGAACCAACGAUUUUUGUCUGUGUAAAUCGCAUUUAAUAUUAGUUGUUUUUAGUGCAGACAAUGUACCAAACUGAACUGUUAUGUUUGUUUUAAUUAUUAUUAUUUGUAUAGGGUAUUCCCUCCGGAUCAUGAAUCAAAUCCCUUUUAUAGAAGUCGUCUGCUUGUAAUGACUUGUAGCCUUAAAGGUCAAACAUCCCCUGUCUUUAGCGGGUCCACCUUAUAUUUUUAACUAUAUUUUAUUAUUUUAUUAACUUAACAUGUGUUGUAACUACCAACUAAGCAUUUUUGAACUUCAUCUUUUCAUCACAUUUAAGCUACUAUGAUGCCAAUAGGUUUUUAUUCGGAAUCUUGAGAACCCUAAAGUCAUUCCUUUGCGCUGUCAUAAGAAAACAUAUCAUGUUCAUGUUUGUAGUUUUGAGAUAUCGUAGAGAAAAAACUUAACAUUAAUGAAUCUUACAAGCUAAAUGAGUAGUUGCUAGCUGGAAAGAAAUAUGGGAGAAACAGUUACUGCCAGUUAAUACGUUUUAUCUUUUCUUUUCAAAAAAUAAAAUAUCUUUCUGUUUCUGCUUUAAAAACCUCUUGACCAUCCUUAUGAUCUUUCUACAGAGAGUGAUAUGGAAUCUGAGUGUUUUUUGUUUUGUGUUUUAUCUAAGCCAAGCUCGUGUAAUACAUGUGCCUUGUGAAGACGAAAAAAUAAAUACAUGUGUAAGCAUGCAUGUACGUCAUUAUAAUAUACUGAAUAAAAAAAUCAUAUAAUUAAUUUUGAAAAAUAGGUUUAAAAUGUCCAUAAGCCAGUGAUAAUUUUAAUAGAUAUAAAACUUAUAGGAUUCAUAUAAAACAUUAAAAAUAUAAAUUAAUAUUCGUGGCUUUUUUUUCUUUGUUUAUUUGUUUUGUUAUUGUUGUUUGGGGUUUUUUAUUUUUUUUUUUUUUUAUUUUAUUUUAUUUUUUAUUUUUUUCAGUAUACUAAAAUCACAGUUUUCUUUAAAGACACUAAGUUGCCCUAUUGUACAGAUUCUUCCUCUCUUUUUUUGAUGGCAUGCAUAUUAUAUUUAUCCUCUUUUCUUUCUCUCUUUUUUUUCAAAACUGCAACCCCUACUUAGAAAUGUUAGAUAUGAAUAUUAAACGCACAUGAAGAGUGUUCCUACAAAUCUAAACAACAAAACCGUAAUACAUGAUCAGGGCCGUACAUCUGCACAAUACAGAGUCGAAUGGGCAUUUGGCAAAAUAGUGGUUGAUUCCAUGAAUCUCUAUCUAGUGUCCAUGUCCACGGGGUGUCCGUUUGAGCACAGGCGUGCGGACUCCCAUUUGUUGUAGGGGCGGGGUGAGGGCAGGCUGAUUUUUGCCCGAAUUAAACAAAAGUACCCGAAUCUUUAUUCAUAUUAGCAUUACUGCCAAACAGCUAUAUAGAGUUGCGAACGAAUCGCAACGCAUUUUUAUAUGGGUUACAACGAAUAUUUUGGGUAGAAUUAUGAAAGUACAUGGUGAAAAGUGUUCAGGCUAACUCAUUUUGCCCGAAUUUCUCUAUUGUUUUUGCCCAAUUUGAAGAUUUUUUCUCCGGGUUUGCCCCCUGUCUCGUACGCUUAUAUGCGUUUGAAGAAAACAACCUUAAAGUUUGAAACGGUUAAAAUAUUACUGGUUGAUAUCAAUCAUAUAAAUAGAGUUAAAUACAUUCUGGGACAACCAGUGUGCACGAAAAUUUGCAUAGUAUGUUAAACUCAAAGGAUUUUGUGAAAAACACUCUUCAUAAAGUGAUAAAAUGUUCAUCGUUUAACAAAUGUUUCUAUCAAAUAAUGUGUUAGCAUAACUGUUGAAUAUUAAAGAAUUAUAUAUUUAGAAUUAAAUGUUAUAUUUUUGUAAAACGUUUAUACUUCAAUAAACAUUUGUAUAAUGUGUUAAA